UGCUGCCUUCAACUCAGAACGACUCUGACUUCCCUUAGAGAGAAGUGACGAGGGCUGAGCAGACAAAGCAGCAGCCUACAGAAACUACGCUCUACCUUUUGCACGAAAAGAGAAGCCUUACCCCAACGAGAUCGACUUGAUCGGAAGAAAGACAAAGAGACAGCCGUUUGAGAAAAGACUACAGCUCUAGAGAGCCAGAGGAAGACUUUGCAAGCACCUGAAGGAGAGAUUUUUUUACACGCUGUUUUGAAACAGAACGAAGACAAGACGAUAGAGAAAAUGUUUUCCGGAAUGAGCCUGAGACUGAUUUUUGCACUCUGCUUCACUUUCUUCAGCUGGACGGCUGCUCAGGAGUGCCCCAGUCAGUGCCAGUGCCCUGACAUGGCCCCGCAAUGCCCCCCAGGUGACAGCUUAGUCCUGGAUGCCUGCGGGUGCUGCCGUGUAUGCGCUAAACAGCUUGGAGAGCUGUGCACUGAAAGAGAUGUGUGUGACCCUCACAAAGGCCUCUACUGUGACUAUGGAUCACCAAACAACCGACGCAUUGGAGUCUGCACUGCUCGAGAGGGUGCCCCCUGUGUGUUUGGAGGAAAUGUGUACCGCAGCGGUGAAUCAUUCCAGAGCAGCUGCAAGUACCAGUGUACAUGCCUGGAUGGCGCCGUGGGCUGCGUGCCACUCUGCGGCAUGGACGUGCGACUGCCCAGCCCAGAUUGCCCCAUGCCUCGCAGGGUCAAGGUACCAGGAAAAUGCUGUGAGGAAUGGGUUUGCGACUCCCCCCCCACCACCAACUCCUUCAUGGGCUCUUUUCUGCCAGCUUACAGAGAAGAGGAGACCUAUGGCCCAGAUCCUUCCAUCAUGCGUGAGAACUGCCUGGUUCAGACCACUGAAUGGAGUGCAUGCUCAAAGACGUGCGGUCUUGGCAUCUCCACACGUGUGACCAAUGACAACCGUGAGUGCCGUUUGGAGAAGCAGUCUCGCCUCUGCAUGGUCCGUCCCUGCGAAUCCCAUCUGGAAGAGAAAAUCAAGAAAGGAAAGAAGUGCAUCCGUACCCCUAGAGUAUCCAAGCCCAUGAAGUUCGAGGUUUCAGGCUGCACCACCACCAAGGCCUACCGACCCAAGUUCUGCGGAGUGUGUACCGAUGGCCGCUGCUGCACUCCUCACAGGACCACGACCCUGCCCGUCGAGUUCAAGUGCCCUGACGGCCAGGUCAUGAAGAAGCAAAUGAUGUUCAUCAAGACGUGUGCUUGCCACUACAACUGCCCAAGUGAAAAUGACAUCUUUGAGUCCCUGUAUUACAAGAAGAUGCUCGGUGACAUGGCAUGAGCGACAAGAGUGUGAGCAAAGAAAAUUCCGUCCACUUGAACCAGAUAUCCAUCUCGUAUCACAGAACUGUACUCGUCUUAUGUCUUAUGUCUUAGUUUUCUUAUUGUUGUUUUUUGUGUGCGUCUAUUUCUGUUAUGUAUCUGUAUUAUCAUAUCCAAUGUGUGUUGAUGGAUGUUAGGGGCUCUUUGGCCUCAAAGUGGGUGGGAAUGGAUAAAAACAACAAAACUGUCGUUAAAAAAACGACAAAACAUUACUGCACUAUAAAUUCAGCAACACAACUUGUUGCUGAUUAGCCUGAUUAUGGCAAUCCCCUCCCCCAAAUUGUGGUGGGCGGAUCCAAAGAGCGGUGAGAGGUGAGGAGGGCAGCAGACUUUAACCUCAGAACAGAAACUAGAACGCCUCACCCAAGUGAGAUAGAGAGAGAGAGAGAGAGAGUAUGAAUGUGCCCUUGUUUGUAGCUAACAGAGCUCUAGCCAAAUUUUUUGAGAUGUUAAGACCAGCAGAAGGUGGUUCCUGCAGCACUGAGUGUCAAACUUCGACUAACUGACUCAAAGAGAGUUGGUAUUUUGUCAAAAGAAAAAAAGAAAACGACUGGACGAUUUGCAGCUUCAUUCCUUUUUAAAAAAUAUUUUUUGAAUGCUGUAAAUAAUGUACAUAAUUUUUGUACAGGUUAAGUUAAUUUAAAUUUAAAACCUUUGUCAUUGUUAUUUGUCUUGCUUCACUUUGUGUGUAAUGAUAGCUUUUUUUUUUUUUUUUUCGCUGACGUGACUGUUCUUGUUACAGUUCUUGUAUUAUUUUAUUGAGAAGUGUGACCAAAAAGUUACAUGUUUUCAACUUUUUUGUAGUUUGGAAUAAAAUGUUAUAUUUUUAUAUAAA